CCCGGGCAGCGCGGGACCGCGGGAGGGGGCUCGCAGGCCCUCGGGGUGCAGGAGGCCGGGGUCGCCGCGAGGAGCCGCCGCCGGCCGCUGGGCCCCGUCUCCGGGCCGCUCGACGACGACGCUUCCGCGGGGGCCCCGCCUGAGGAGGACGCGGCGGCGGCGCCGGCGAGGCCGCGGGAGGCCGCGGAGGAUGGAGGAGCGGAAGGAGGAGGGCGAGGCCGAGAUCCAGGAGCACGGGCCGGAGCACUGGUUCUCCAAGUGGGAGCGGCAGUGUCUGGCCGAGGCCGCGCAGGACGAGCAGCUGCCCCCCGAGCUGCAGGAGGAGGCGGCGGCCGCCGCGCAGCCCGAGCACAAGCAGCAGAAGCUGUGGCACCUUUUCCAGAACUCGGCCACCGCCGUGGUCCAGCUCUACAAAGACCGAGUGUGUCAGCAGCCAGGACUUUCUCUCUGGGUCCCCUUCCAAAACGCAGCCACCGCGGUCACCAAUCUCUAUAAAGAAAGCGUGGAUACUCAUCAGCGAAGUUUUGAUAUUGGAAUUCAGAUUGGCUAUCAGCGACGCAAUAAGGAUGUAUUGGCUUGGGUUAAAAAGCGUAGAAGAACUAUACGUAGAGAGGAUUUGAUCAGCUUCCUGUGUGGAAAAGUUCCUCCGCCUCGAAACUCUAGAGCUCCCCCAAGACUGACUGUAGUGUCCCCUAACCGAGCUACUUCAACGGAAACUAGCUCAUCUGUAGAGACUGAUUUGCAACCCUUCCGGGAAGCCAUAGCUCUGCAUGGUAAAGCCGUUUAAACAUAUUUCUUUGGAAAAAGGGUUAAGAGUGUGCCUGUGGACCCAUUUUCACAUUUAGAGUUAGAUCCAGAUAAUACUGUCUGUUUUUUGUCCAUUAUAGUGAACACACUUGCUCCAGAAAUGUUUAAAUAGAAUGUAAGUGAGCACUUAAAUGGACAAUUUUUGGACUGUCGGCUAGCCCAUCCUAAAUAUUAUGUUUUUAAGAAAGUUAGAGGUUAUUGGUGUUACACUUAACAGAAUCCUUCUGCAACAUUGAUUAGAAUUUAUUGCUUUGCAUUU